AUGCAUAAACUAAAGGAGAGGAAGAUGAAAUUGGAGAAAGGGCGUGUGCCGGUCCAAGUGGGAUUAGAAAAUGGCCCAUUUCAAAGAUUCGUCAUCCCAAUUUCGUACCUGAAAAAUCCUUAUUUUCAGAGGCUUCUUGAUAGAGCCGGUGAGUUCUAUGGUUAUCAAACAAGUGGACUCCUCAUGAUACCAAGUUCGGUUGAGGAUUUUCUUCACCUCGAAAGAUGUAUAGAAAAGGUUGCCAAUAAGCAAAAACGUCACCAUUGCCACCAACUUGUCUCUGCAUUGUCAUAUUAUGCCGGUUGA